AUGAGACGAGCGCAACUGAGUCGCGAAGAAGAAAGCGGGAAUGAGGAAGUAAACAGAAGAGUGACUCGGACAGAAACGCGGGCUCACCGACAAGUCUGGUCUGCUUGGAUUUUAGGCAUGGAGGAGCUGGAUGAGAACAGGCGUUACACUGAAGAGUUUAUCGGGACAAGUAGCGCAAAGAUCCCUGAACCUGUCCUUGGAGCGGGUCAGUCUAUAGUCCCUCGGGUACUUCUGUCUUCAAGUAACGAACGAAGAAAGAAGUUGGUCCUACAUGUUGACCUGAACAACACCAUACUGGUGUCGGACACCGCGACGGCACAGGGAACUGUAGCCGCUCUCGACAGCUUUUUAUCCACUGUCACAUGGGGACACAUGAACGAAAAGGGAAGGUGGGAAUGGCUGAGUGACUCCCCCUCUUUGCUCCCACCAUGUGAAGGUGCUGUAAGUUAUUACUGUCAGUUUGGCCGAUCGCCACAUUUCACCUCUGCUGCAGGACGCCGUUUUAAAAGAAUCCUAGAUGAACAUCUGUUUCUGCUGCGCUGGCCUGAGGGACACAAGGCAGACAAAGAUCUGGCAGUAAGGGGAGAGGAUGGAAACCUUUACCACUGGAUCCUCCCCUCGUUCUUCCAGCUGCUUAAAGACUUGGUGCAGGAGGGAAGACAGUUUUCUGUCCUGUUUCGCACGUUUGGAAUGGACCUGCCUCGUGUGCUAAGUGCCGUGUCCAAAGCUCUGACCCAAGGAGUCCACCCACUGUUUCCUGAUCUGCCUGAUCUCAAGUUAAGUGUGAAUCCAACGCCGGGAAAGAUCUGCUGUGCUAAAGGGAAAAUUUCUCUAAGACGGGCUGAAGAACACAUUUCCAGUUGUGAUGGAGAAAGAGGCCUGUAUCAGUUUUUCAGCUCAGUAGAAGGUCUGGGAGGAUUCCAGGAUCACUUUGACUGGUGGGCCAGGAACACCUUCUCUAUCCGUGGUGGUAAGCCAUUGUGGGUUGAUCCUUUUGACCAGCAUGUCCAGCACAUCUUUAUAGAUGACAACAUUCGCCACAAUGAUGAGGACACUGCCGUAUGUCCCAUGGUCUUCUUGGAUGCAGGUGGCACUAAAACACGUACAGCCUGCACUGCUGAGCUGUAUGACAUCACAUUAGUCCAGAACAACCUCCUCCGGGCCAUUUCUGACCCAAACUACUUCACCCAGUGCAUCCGGGUCUGCCAGGAUAACUAUGACAGAAAUCUCCAGCAGGGGGCAGGCUAAUAAAUGAUGCAACAGUCUGAAAUUUAGAGUACUGCACUCCCAAAGCAGACAUAUGCAGUAGACUGUAGAUACAAUUAUACACCCAAAUGCCAAUCACAAGGUUGAUUUGGGAGUUUGGCACUUGGGCAUCAGAUACCCUACAACAAGCAGUAAAUGCACUCCAGAAAUAAACUGGGCUUUCUGCUGACCUAGUGAAGACCCGCAAAAAGAGAAUUUAACUAAGUACAAUCUAACUAAGUACCAAAGUUGCAUGACAAGAAUUUCCCACUGUAGUACAACCUCUCUGACUCAUGGUGCUACAGGAUAAUUGUCCUCUCUGAAUUUUCUGCCAUAUAGUAUAAUUGGGGUCAGAUCUGGUUUCCAGUGAGCCAAAUCCACAGGGUUCUGUUUCAGCAUUUCAUGUGUCGUCCUCAGAGAACGUGCUGCUGGAGAGCCAUUUUUCACUUAAAGCUAAUUUUUUCUUAGGAAGAAAAAACUAACUUCUUUAUAUCCACUCAGAAGUGAGACAUAUCGCUUGAAUAUUUGAAUAUCAUGAAAUAAGUGUUCCAGUUUGAGUAGUUUGAGUUGAAGGUGAUGAUUCAAUAUUAAUGGUCAUAGUGUUUAUUAUAUAAAUGCAGCGCAGUCAGAAAAGAAAAGAAUAAUAAAAAUAUGGCUCAGUGUCUGAGCGCUGAGCACUGUUAAUGAUGUAGAGAUGUUCAUAGUUCUGAUCUUUAACUAUGAUAGUCCACAGAGGGACGUCACUGGUUAAUGAGUUUGGGCCUUGCGAUUCUUUUCAGUUCAUGUGAAAUGUUUGAGGGAUUGAUUUUUUUUUUUUUUUUUUUUUUUGUACAUAUAUUUAAGCUUCCAGAGAGUUUUCAUUGUAGUAUUUUCCUCAGGUUAUUCAGAGAAAUUAAUGCAGACAUUAUGGUCCAUUGAGAUGGCAGCUUGAUGAUACCAGUGGAAUUUUUCUUACAUUGUUUUUUUUUUUUUGGUUUUUUUUGUCCAUGUUUCACACGGAAUUUCCUCAGAUUCUCUUGAAUGUAUAUCCCUUUUAGUCUUAUCUAUUGGCACAUGUCAAAUUAAGUUCUCAAACACUACUGUCAGCACUGUGACAAUGUGUACGGGGAUUUGUGGUGGUUUUUGAG